UUCCUCAAGAUAAUAGACUUUCCUCAUCUUCUCUUGUAAACCCAAUCAGAUUAUUUUCCUUUCUUUAGAAAAUGCAUUCCUCUUAUUCUUUUUCUACUUCUUCGACUUGGACAAUCUUAAUCACAUUGGCAUGUAUUAUGUUUCGUGCGUCUCUGUCCGAUGCUCAACUUACACCUACCUUUUACGACACUUCAUGUCCUAAUGUUACUAACAUCGUACGUGCCACCAUUGUCAACGAGCUAAGAUCGGACCCUCGUAUCGCCGCGAGCAUCCUUCGUCUUCACUUCCACGACUGCUUUGUCAAUGGUUGUGACGCAUCGAUCUUGUUAGACAACACGACAUCGUUCCGAACAGAGAAAGAUGCAGUCGGAAACGCAAACUCGGCUAGAGGAUUUCCUGUGAUUGAUACAAUGAAAGCCGCGGUGGAGAGGGCUUGCCCAAGAACCGUUUCAUGCGCAGAUAUGCUCACCAUCGCUGCUCAACAAUCUGUCACGUUGGCAGGAGGUCCUUCUUGGAGAGUUCCUUUGGGGAGAAGAGACAGCUUGCAAGCAUUUUUCAGUCUAUCUAAUGAUAAUCUUCCUUCUCCAUUCUUCACACUUCCAGAACUUAAAGCUAGCUUUGGAAAAGUUGGCCUCGACCGUCCUUCUGAUCUUGUUGCUCUCUCUGGGGGUCACACAUUUGGUAAAAAUCAAUGCCAGUUCAUUAUAGGCAGACUAUACAAUUUCAGCAACACCGGUUUACCUGAUCCUACCCUCAAUACUACUUACCUCCAAACUCUUCGUGGACUAUGCCCCCUUAAUGGUAACCGGAGUGCCUUGGUGGAUUUUGAUCUGCGUACCCCUACGGUUUUCGACAACAAAUACUAUGUGAAUCUCAAAGAACAGAAAGGUCUUAUCCAGACUGACCAAGAGUUGUUCUCUAGCCCCAAUGCCACAGACACAAUCCCCUUGGUGAGAGAAUAUGCUGAUGGCACACAAAAAUUCUUCGAUGCGUUUGUGGAGGCCAUGAAUAGGAUGGGCAGCAUUACACCUCUUACGGGAACUCAAGGAGAGAUCAGAUUGAAUUGUAGGGUGGUGAACUCCAACUCUCUACUCCAAGAUGUGGUUGAACUCGUUGAUUUCGUUAGCUCUAUAUGAGAAUAGUAUCUCAGUAUGUGGCUACCAAAAUAUAUUUUACGAUAAAUAAAGCGCUCUCAAGAUGUUACGUGAGAAUAUUUUAUUUUAGAUCACUA